AUGAAGAUGGCGGUCGCAGCGAUCCUCUGCGUUGCCUCCUCGAUGACCCUGGCCAGUGCCUCCGCCGAACAGGUGAACCCUAUCGGCAAGGUGCUGGAGAUGCUCUCGGACCUGCAGGCGAAGGUCAUCAAGGAGGGCGAGGGGUCGCAGAAAGUGUACGAGGAGUUCUCGGAGUGGUGCGAGGAGAGCAACAAGCGCCUGGCCUUCGAGAUCAAGACUGGGAAGGCUGAGGCGAAGGAGCUCGAGGCCGUCAUCAGCGAGGAGACCGCCCUCAUCGAGUCUCUCACCACCAAGGCCGAGGACCUCGCCCAGAAGAUCUCCGUCGACGAGACGGACCUGGAGCAGGCGGCUCACAUCAGGAGCGCUGAGGCUGCAGCGUUCGCGGCGGAGAAGUCCGAGCUCGACGACAUCAUCGACACGCUCUCCCGCGCCAUUGGUAUCCUCCAGAAGCACGCGAGCGCGGCGCUGCUGCAGUCCACGGGCACGACCCACCUGGUAGAGGCGCUGAACGUGAUGGUGCAGAAGCUGACGGCGCUCGUGCAGCAGUCGGAGGACUCGGAGGGCGACAACGAGGGCGCCCCCAGCGCGUCGGUGUACGAGGGCCAUAGCGGCGGCAUCCUUGACGUGCUGCAGGACCUGCUCGACAAGGCCAACCUGAAGCUUCCGCUCUUUGUUGAAGCGUGA